AUGAUCAGAGGAUUCAGAAUGUUGACUAUGAGACCCCUCUAUACUUUUGCUGCAGAUAAGACUCCAGCAACAACUCAGGGCAAACAACAACAAGCUAAACCCAUCCAAGUUUAUAAGGAUGGACAAUUGAUCACUAAGAAUUAUUUGCAAUUGAAGAAGUCAUAGGAUAUUGAGGGAUAUGUUCUCACCUUGGUCAAAAAUUAUUAUAGAACAACCAAUAAAUCUGCUCUCACUUUGGAUUCUGAAUUGGAACAACACGGGUUAGAUAGUUUGGAUUCCAUUGAAUUAUCAAUGCAAAUUGAAGAGGAUUUGGGUUAUGUGAUUUCAGCUGAAACAUUGCCUGUCUUGAAUAAAGUCAGACAUUAUGUCAAUUACAUUAAGUAGGUUGAGUAAUAUAAAGUGGAAAACAAUGCUGCCCCAUUAGCAUGAUUUACAUAUAAUCAAAUGCAUAUUCAUAAUAUAAUAAGUAUUCAUCCUUAGGGUCAUAA